CGCCAAGGCAGCAGAGCCGAGCUGCACACAGUGCCCACCUAUGCUCGCCAGGAUGCUCAAUACUACGCUCUCCGCUUGCUUCCUGAGCCUGCUGGCCUUCUCCUCCGCCUGCUACUUCCAGAACUGCCCAAGAGGUGGCAAGAGGGCCAUCUCUGACAUGGAGCUAAGACAGUGUCUCCCCUGCGGCCCGGGCGGCAAAGGACGCUGCUUCGGACCGAGCAUCUGCUGCGCGGAUGAGCUGGGCUGCUUCGUGGGCACCGCCGAGGCGCUGCGCUGCCAGGAGGAGAACUACCUGCCCUCGCCCUGCCAGUCCGGCCAGAAGCCCUGCGGGAGCGAAGGCCGCUGCGCCGCCGCUGGCAUCUGCUGCAGCGACGAGAGCUGCGUGGCGGAGCCCGAGUGCCGCGACGGUUUUUUCCGCCUCACCCGCGCUCGGGAGCCAAGCAACGCCACACAGCUGGACGGCCCUGCUCGGGCGCUGCUGCUAAGGCUGGUACAGCUGGCUGGGACACGGGAGUCCGUGGAUUCUGCCAAGCCCCGGGUCUACUGAGCCAUCACCCCCACGCCUCGCCCCUACAGCAUGGAAAAUAAACUUUUAAAAACUGCA